CGAGAGCAGCGGCAGCGUUCCGUGGAUCAGCCACUGCUGGGUCCGACUCCGCUUGGCGACAACGGCGAUUGGGGGGGUUGUUUUGAUUAAGGUUUACGGACUUUUUUUCUUCAUGUUUUUUAUUCCCAUAUUGUUUCGUUGAAAUUCUGGAUGUUUGAUGCGCUUUCUAAGCGUUCAACCCUCGGCUGUUCUUCACGUCACCAACGGAGAAAUAAACUUGGGAAUAACCGAUCUUAAAGCUGAGAGGAGCAACUUUUCCAACUGCCGUAGUAGUCAACUGGCUGACCUAUGCUAAGCUAACCCACUAGCCAAAAGUCUGGAAUUUGCUGUUAAAGUAAAAAACUAUCAAACGAACUUUACAUUUCUGGACUCGGUGACUAGAUGAGAUUGUCUGGUAACUUUGACAGUGAAACCUGCCCCUCGGAGGCUCACUUUAUUUGGGUUGGAGUGGCCGGUGCAGGUGCACCUCUUGCGGCACCUGCGAAAACAGUAACUUAGCUCCAUCGGUAGAGAGCUAACUUUAGCUUGUUCGUGUUAGCAUGAAAUAGAAACAGAGACCAUGUUGUGGGAUACAAUUUUCUCUUGUAGAUGAGAUUGUUUGAGAUUUGACACUUAAGUUGUUCAAUUCCAAAGUUAUAUUGCUAUAUUCCGUCAGCCCAUAAAGUGGUGACACUGGCUAAAAAGUAUUUCGGCUAACCUUAGCCAGCAACCUCGCUAGCUAGUUGUUGACCCUCAUACACUUUUACCGGAGUGGCGACGUGGAUACGGGGUUGUAGACACUCUCUCCCACAGGACUUUGGACACGGUUUGACCCUGCCGUGGGCUGCGCUGGGACUUCCCCUCUGUUCUCAUCAGCUAGCCUCGUAGAUGUGACACCAUGCGGAUUUCAGAAAGUUAUCUCUUAACGUUUUAAAGUUUUCAUUUUGUUCUAAAAGCUCUGCACCCUAUGGUGCCGCUACGGCCACCGAGAAAUGGAUGUCUCGCAGGCCGCUUUCCCAAACGGUGAAGGGCGGCCGGGCGGCGAUGGGACCGGGGAGCAUGCCUGGACAGAUUCACCACCAGUUCGGGCGUGGGCUCACUCAGCCCCGCUCUGCCCGACUCGGUCCUUAUGGACAGCCGCGUACGACUACGAGGCAAGUGGCGAGGACGAGCUCAGCCUCCGACGAGGGGACGUGGUGGAGGUCCUGUCCAAGGACGCUGCAAUCUCCGGGGACGAGGGAUGGUGGACGGGUAAAAUCAACCACCGGGUCGGGAUUUUCCCUUCCAACUAUGUCACCUACCAGCCCGCUAUUUACCGUCUACCAGCUACGAGUGGGUCAGUGGGGACACGAGAGCAAGUCCCGAGCUCGCCCGUUCAGAUUCCCUUCACUGAACUGGUACUAGAGGAGAUCAUAGGCGUGGGUGGAUUUGGCAAAGUUUACCGAGGCACAUGGAAAGAUCAAGAGGUUGCAGUGAAGGCGGCUCGGCAAGAUCCAGACGAGGACAUAACAGCCACCGCCGGCAGUGUUAAACAAGAAGCUAAACUUUUCUCCAUGCUGCAGCACCCAAACAUUAUUAAACUUGAGGGAGUGUGUUUGGAUGAGCCCAACCUGUGUCUGGUUAUGGAGUAUGCCCGAGGCGGGACACUCAACCGGGUAUUGACCGGAAGGCGCAUCCCUCCACACAUCCUGGUCAACUGGGCCGUGCAGAUUGCACGCGGGAUGCACUAUCUACACGAGGAGGCCGUGGUACCCAUCAUCCAUCGUGACCUGAAGUCUAGCAACAUUUUAUUACUUGAAAAGAUUGAGAAUGACGACAUCGGGAGGAAGACCUUGAAGAUCACAGAUUUUGGCCUGGCCAGGGAGUGGCACAAAACCACAAAAAUGUCAGCAGCAGGCACCUACUCCUGGAUGGCCCCCGAGGUCAUCAAGUCGUCUCUCUUCUCCAAAGGCAGUGAUGUCUGGAGCUAUGGCGUCUUGCUGUGGGAGCUGUUAACAGGGGAGGUGCCUUACCGAGGGAUAGAUGGCCUGGCUGUUGCUUACGGAGUGGCAGUCAAUAAGUUAACUCUACCAAUCCCCUCCACCUGCCCUGAACCCUUCGCCAAGCUCAUGGAAGAGUGUUGGGACCAGGACCCCCACGUGCGUCCUUCCUUCUCCUGCAUCCUGGAGCAGCUGUCGGCCAUCGAGGAGGCGGUGAUGGCCACCAUGCCCCAGGAUUCCUUUCACAGCAUGCAGGAUGACUGGCGUGUGGAGAUUCAGGAGAUGUUUGAUGAGCUCAGGACCAAAGAGAAGGAGCUACGUUCCAGGGAAGAGGAGCUGACGCGGGCCGCCCUCCAGCAGAAGUCUCAGGAGGAGCUGCUGAAGCGUCGGGAGCAGCAGCUGGCAGAGCGGGAGAUCAAUGUGCUGGAGAGAGAGCUCAACAUCCUCAUUUUCCAGCUCAACAAAGACAAGCCCAACGUGAAGAAGAGGAAGGGCAAAUUCAAACGUUCCCGUCUUAAACUGAAGGAUGGAAACCGCAUCAGCCUGCCUUCAGACUUCCAGCAUAAGAUUACCGUGCAGGCGUCGCCCUCUAUGGACAAGAGGCGGAGCCUUCACAGCACCAGCUCCUCUCCUCCCAGCAGUCCCACACUCAUCCCUCGGCUACGAGCCAUUCAGCUUACUCAAGAUGAGAGCAACCGUACGUGGGGUCGCAGCACCCUCUUCAGGCCAGAGGAGUUUGAUGAUGUGAAAAAGGGAAUCAAGAAGAAAGGAAGAACCUGGGGCCCCAGUUCAGUGCAGAGCAAAGAAAGGCCUGCUGCUGCUGAGAGAGUGCGUCCUCUGUCAGACGGCAGUAAUCCCUGGUCCACCAGCCUGGUGAAGUCCCAGAAGUCUGUGCCUCUCGCUGCCCUGUUUGCCGAACAAGCGGGGGCCGGUAAAGAUGAGGCAUUCACCCAGGAAUGUCCUGACAGCAGCUCCAAACCAAAGCAGCUCAAGUUCCCCAACCAGGUGUACAUCGAUCUACCUCUGUGGAGGGACGAGCAGCAGCCUCAGAGCCCCGGUGGGCAUUGUGGGCCGGGAGAUACCGGGGUCGGGGCAGCAGGUCAGAGUGGCCCACCAGAGACCCCAGACGACCCCUACACCACCACAUCCACCUCGUCCACUUCCACCACCCCACAGCUCACCCCCACCAACAGCCUGAAGCGGACGUCAGCUCGCCGCAAGACGGACUCUGUGCUGUAUGGCUGCGGCUCGCUGCUGGCUUCAGUCGUGCUCGGCUAUGACAUUAGGGAGGCUCUCAAAAACUCAGCCCCUGCUGAAGAUUGCGAGCCCCAGCGUGAGGAGAAAGAGAAAAAAAAGAAGGAGGGACUGUUUCAACGUGCGACUCGGUUCCGACGCAGCACCUCACCGCCAAGUGGUCGCUCCCGCAAAGACGAGGCCUCGUCAAACCACACCUCCACCCAACCUGUCAAUCUCAUCUCCAUGUCAGCCAUUAUGGAAUGCAACUCCACCAAGUGCCUCUUACAGUCUGAGGCGGAGGUGUCCGAGUCUAGCCCCGGAAAAGUUGAGCUUGUGGUUGUCAAUCAUCACACAGAGCCCUCCAGACCCGGCCCAGCGGCAUCCCCAGAAGGCCAGAGUAACAGGACUGCAGCUAAAACUCAGACACCAGUGCAAACCCAAAGCCAGCCACCAGAGCAAAGCAACCAUAACACAGGGACGCGACUACGCAGGAAGAAAUACACUACCAACCACAAUACCAAUGGCCCACCUACUCUGCCUCCUCCAGCCACACAGAAGAAGCAGGAGAAAGAGAAGGACGGAGUGUCAGAGAAGACCUCUGGCGGGGAGGCCUUCUCCAGACCACGGCCAGUGUCAUUCCGGGCCAAACACCACGCCUGGGCCCUUCUGCGAGGACGCAACAAGAGCUACUCACUGGGCCACUACUCCGGAGAGAAGACAGCAAAAAACCUGAACAUGGUGCUGUCAUCAGAGGUAGGGGUAGGCUGCUCCCUGCUGGACAUGGACACAGAGGGCCAGAAACGAGACUGCACCGUGCCGCUCUGCCGCAUUCAGAGCUCCCCGGCACGGCCCUCCGUUUUCGAGCUGGAGAAUGAGUUCCUCUCUUAGGCGCCUUGAGAAGUGGUCUGCUGUGGUCAUAGUUCAUGCCAUACAAUCUAGAGCUUUCCUGAAAAUACAGACAGAAUUUGUUUGGCCUAGAACUCCUGGAGGGUUUAGAACCAGGCUGCCUUUUUAAAAAAGUUCUAUAACAUAGAACCCAGCUUUGUCUUAGUUCUAGAACAUAGUGAUGUCAGUGUUCUAGAGCAUAACCAAGUCUGAGACUUCUAUAGGACAUCUGUGUCACAGGAGUUCUAGAAUGAGCACCCUUAUCUCAGUUUGAGAGCAGCCUUACACACUGCUGUGUCUCAUUAUGGAACACACAUACACCUAGUUCUGAAACGUGAGCAGAACGUUCCAGAGCUGGAUCAGCAGCUCUUCCUCUGAUCCCUCGGUGCUCCACUGCCACCUUUGUCCGCUCAUCUCUCUCUCUCUCUCUCCCUCUCUCUCUCUCUCUCUCUCUCUCUCUCUCUCUCUCCCCCUCCCCCCCUCUCUCUCACUUUGUCACCCUCUUCCUUUCUCCUUCUGUCGGUGCAGCUAAACGUUGACCGCUGCUGCAGCUUUCGCAACACAAUACCCUCACCUUUUUAUUUAUAUAUAUAUUUUUAUAGGUAAUUUAAUAUGAAAAGACUUGACCUUACCUUAGCAACCAACAGGAGAUACAUUCCAUGUCAGUUUCAAAGUUGUGUGAUCACGCUUUUAGAUUUUUUUUUUGACUUGAGAAUCAUGCAUGCAUGUACCCUUAAAAUGUUGAACAAAAAAAAUCAUUAUGCCUUGUUUGUAAAUAUUUCUUUUUAUCAGCCUAAUUCUGGCAGUUGUUUUGUAUUGCAUCUAUGCUGUUUAAUGACUGUUUUAAAAGUCAGAGAUGCUGCAGUACAGUUUGUACGAGGGACAGGUUACAUACUGGAUCGUAGCAGGGAUGCAAGUAUGUUUCCUCCUAGAAUGCCCUGAAGAUUUUAGACGUGCAGGUAGAAAAACACUUGAGGUCCCACAAAGCAGACUUGGAAUCUUUUCACUUAAAAGAUGGAUUUAAAUUUUAAAUGACUGUUUUGGUCAUGUGUUGCUAAUAUGGAUUUUUCUCAGAGUAUUUAUAGAAAGGUUUCUGUGGUUAAUAUUUCAUGUACUCGGCACGCUGCAGCUGAGGGGGACGGGGCGCUUAAGCCAUGAAUUUUCAUGUCAGGAAAACGUGCCCCAAAUUACUGAAUUUAUACUCUAAUCCCCCUGUUGACAUCUGAUUGGCUGCACCUGUAAUGACACAGCUUGAUAUCAGAUUUAAGUUAUGAAUUAAUUACUGCACAGCCCGGGAGUGACCACACAGGAGAAGUUUUAUUCUAAGACACUGUUUAAAACAUUAAGUGCACAAAAUACCUGUGCUGUAAAGCAGUAUGACCCUGUGUCUUCAAGUACUUCACAUUAAGUCAGAUUCAUCUCUUCAGUUUUAUUGUCCUGUGUGCACACAGUUUUUUAAUUUAUGCAAACAAGUUAUUUAUUCUUCUUUUUUUUUUUCAAGCUCAACUUCAUCUAUGUCUUUAUCCCCAUUACCAUUAUUCCUUUAACACACCUAAUUACUCUGUUAACGUUUAAUUGGUUUGACAUUUAGCUGAGUCAUCUUUUUUGGUUUUGUUUUAUUUCUUUUUGCACACUUUUGAUGUAACACUAAGCAGAUGGUUUCCCCAUGUAGCCAAAUUUCUUAUCUCAUCAUUCUCAUGAAAGUCUGGAGACAUUUGAGUUCAGAAUUUGGCUAAAGAGAGUGAAGUCACAGUUUGCAUUUCAUUAUCAUACUGUAAACUCAGAGCCAGAUUAUUUGGCUUCCUCAGGAUUAACAAAGGCUCAUUAUCCUGAUAUGUUUUUUCCGGACCUAUAAGAAUUUGAUGGUAUGAAGGUCUGACUAUGAAGGAUAUAUACUGUACCUAGUUCCACGGUCACUCCCGGGCGCUCUCUCUCCAAAAAUAUGAACAAAUUAACUUAACACCCAUUCUUGAAAGUUAACUGGUGAUUAUAUUCCCUCUGUUUUUUUAAUCGCUGUCUUACUUCAGUCUGUUUUUUAGAGAUCAGUGGAAAAUGUGUCCGACUUUUGAAGGACAAACCAAGGGCUCAUUUACAGUAAGAUAUGAAUUCCCAAAUGGUGUAAAUAUAAUUGUGAUUCCUGAUGUGUGUAUCACUGUGGCAUCUUAUGAUGAUGUAGAAUAUGAAGUAUCCCAUGUUCUGUACUUUGUGACCACUGACUUUCAAACCAGGUCCAACACUGUAAAGGCCUUGCUAAUCAUCGAGUUGUUAAAGGUGCAGUUUACAAGUCAAAAUAUCACUGGAUUUACCCAUUAUUUUAAGAAUUGAGGGUAUCUGUAAAUACCACAAUGCACUGGUGCUGUACAUUCCCCUUUUAAAAUAUUGUAUUUCAGUUUGAAGCUGAAGUUUGCAGUUUGUCGUCCAGUCUCAAAACUUUGUUGGCCAGUGGUAAACAAAGGGUUUUGUCUGUUACGGUUAAAGAUGACUCGACAUACCCAAACAAACAUUCCACUGCUUUUUGACAAACUGCAGCAAUAAUAUCUGUGAAAGCAGUCAUCAAUAUGGUGCAUUCAGGCUUCUGGCUAUGGGACCAAAUUCAACUCUACCAGCACUAAGGCCUCUUUGUCUUCAGGACCAAAACCACUAAAUGAAUGAACUAGCUGCUAGUGAGGAGUCCUCGCAAAGAAAAGUACUCCGUAUAAAAACUUCACAAACGACCUCAGAGGCGCAGUGCAGAGCUGUUGCUGAAAGACCCAUCACCUUCCGAUCAAAUAACAAGACUUCCUGUUUAACGCAACACUUCCUCUAAACCACUGAGCACUUCUGUCACACACUGACUGUGUCACAGAUUGAGCUUUCAGCACAUCCGUUUCAGUGAACCAUUUUUUGUUAUCAUUACAGUAUUGGCUAUUUCAUGCCUGAUUGAUCAAGAGUAUCAAGUUUGUCAACAUUUUGAAUAAAGUCCAAAUCGAGA